AUGACCGGUCGUGGAGGCGGUGGAGGCGCUCGCAAGACGCUGCUUGCGCCAAUUCAUUUCAUCUUCAAGCUCCUCCAGCAGCGGUCCACAGUCUCGAUCUGGCUGUACGAGCAGCUUGCGUUCCGCAUAGAAGGCAAAAUUCGGGGAUUUGAUGAGUUCAUGAACCUUGUCAUUGACGAUGCUGUCGAGGUUCGCAUGGCGACUAAGUCUGAGGAGGAGAAGCGGAGACCACUCGGUAUGGGGCGAUUCAUUUCAUCCAUCCUCCUUCAUGCUACGGUGCUAAUUGGGUGCUUCAACAACACAGGCCAGAUACUGCUCAAGGGCGACAACGUGUCUCUAAUUCAAUCCGUGCAGUGA